AUGCGCCCCUCGCAUUCUUUGGCCACAAUUCGGGCGGCUAAGCACCUCACUCCUCCUCUACUGUAUUCUGAUAGUUUACUUUUCAUGUAUCAUUGCUAG